ACAUUCUGGGUUCAGAUCUUUAGUUUUCGUGGCGAUUGAAGAAAAUCUUCCAACAGUUCAACCCUCAGGGUAUGUAGUCGAUGAUUGAGAUAUUUUGGUACAUCUUCAGGCGGGUUUCGCUACUUAAAGAGCCGAUAUUUAACUGUUCUGCCUCUGCGCUAAAAUCUAACUUUCACCUAAUUCUCAAAUAUUAGGUGUCAGCAUUCAUUAUAUUAUUACUGAUUUCUAGUAACAUGCCAUACUUUAAGAAAAUGUUCUUAAACACGAAUAAUGAAUCACCUUAAUGAAAACACUUUCGCUUGUAGUAACUAGGCAUAUUCCUCAAGGCUAAAUUCCAGCAAUCUCUGUUUUUGGCUUUAAGGUUUUUAGAUACAGAAUUAUGGUGGCUUGGAAUGAGAAUUGGUCCUUUACACUAAAAAUAAACAUUCUUCGGCAUUGUUUAAACUUUUCAAAAAACUGGAAUGAGUGCAGAGUUCAUGGGUGUGGACUUUAUAGGCUUCGUAUGAGAACAGCGUCUACUCUUAAUGAAUUCAUAUGAACCCAAAUAUCUAAUUUUGUAUAUUAGAGUCUUUAAAGGGAUGGAAACCAAGUAGUAAGGCAAGGCGAUGUAGCGUCGGUCCCUUAAAGGAAUAAAGUAUAUAUGCACAUAUAAUAAAAAGUUCCAGUGUAGCACCCUGUAUUGCUCUUAUGUGCUUUUAUGACAACAUUUUCGAUCAGUCAACGGAAAAAAGCGUGCUUUAUAUUAGCAAAAGUUAAAAAAUUCCAUGUGUGCUCUGCUUUAUGUUUAGACUGCCAAGACUUAUGUUUAGUUCCUAAUCGAAUACUUAACUGUAAAGUACACAACAGGCGCUAUGUAAUUAAAUAACGCGAUCAAGCCAUGUAUUUAAAUUUGCAAGUGUUAAUAAGCAGAGAUAGCAAAGGUUGCUUUAAGCUAAAUCUUAACUUCUAUAAGCGCAUUCGCUACUCAAAUAACGGUACAAAAAACCGGAAAAAUUUUUCUGAAAAUGAAGGCACCAAAGUACCACACAUACCGCGGUCUCGUCUUCGCUUUUCAACAACUUGCGCUUAUCAUAAUAUUCAGCACGUUCUCACGGGCAAAUCUGCCACUAGCAGCAAGUGUAACGGCGCAAAUAACAAAAACAAUAGAACCCACUAUAAGCGCACAACAACAAAUCUAUCACACUUGCCACGACGUGCGCUGUCAAUGCCGCGGUUUAGUGCUUAAAUGUGUUAUGAAAGGUGUUACUAUACUCAUCGACAGCGGCGCGGAUGUGACAGGCAACGCGCGGCUCACUAUAAGUUGUGCGGCGAAUACAACUGCUGAGGAAAUAAAGGAAUCGCAGUUCGCUUACAGUUUUCGGCAUCACAACGUCAAAUUUAAUUUGGUGAAUUGCGCAAUACUACCGGAUAUAUUAAAGCGCGCGCAAAUCAACUACACAGGUACAAUCAAAUUCAAUGGCGCUGUGCCAGUGCCUGCGCACUUUUUACACCAAGCAAGUGGUUUGCAGCGCCUGCGCUUUGACGUGACAAUUAACAGCAGCGCUGCAGAUGGUUUGCCUGCAGAACUUUUUCACAAACAAGGCGCUUUGAAGGAGCUUAGAUUGUUACUGUUAUGCAAACCGGAUGAAGUGGCGCUACCCACGCAAAUAUUCCACAGGCUAUACGCGCUGGAAGCGCUAUUAGUGCGCGUUGUACAAACCGAUCUCGAUGGCAUUACAAAUACGGUGCUGCGCAAUUUAACAUCUUUGCAUUUUCGUGAUAUGCCGAAUUUGCGCAAACUUAAUUUGGAUGGCAAUUAUAUGCAAACAUUGUCAGCUGAACUCUUUGUCACUUUACCCGAGUUAAACGAAUUGACUUUGUGCUUGAACCAUUUGGCGGCGCUGCCAAGCCGACUGCUGCGCGCGCAAAGUAAACUGAUAAAGCUUAGUCUAGCCGGCAAUAUGUUGCAGGCGCUACCGCCUGGUGUCUUCGAUACGACACCGCACUUAUGGGAACUUGACUUGAACGACAAUCAACUUUCAAAACCUACAAAUAUUAUUACAGCGAUCAAACCGCUGCGUUUUCUAUACCGGCUCAACUUGAGUUACAAUAACUUUUCGCGUAUUGAGGGCGCUGAUGAGUAUGCAAACCGCACACUACUCACGCGCCAGAAUAUUAGAAAAAUUAGUGACGCGCCGCCUUAUUUUCAACAAUAUUUAGCGCAGCUGUCGACCAAACAAUAUGCGCCGCCAUACAAUAUGACUGUAAUCAACCUGAGUCAUAAUCGUGUUGAAACAUUUCAUUUACAUAGCAUCAGCGCUGCUAUGUUGCAAUGUCCCUAUGAGCUCGAUUUCACCAAUAAUCAAAUAAAGCAUAUCUACGCGCUAAGUCAUCCAGAACAAAGUCACAGCGACUGUACGCGUAAGUUGCUAUUUCAGUUCAAUCCACUGCAGUGUGACUGUGCCUUAGCUUGGACCUACAGCAUGAAUUUCUCGAUGGCGACUAACUGGGAGUGUGUUAGGCGUGAUGGUAGCAAUUAUAUGUAUUUACAUGGGCAGCGCGUUAUGUGCACCUGGACGCCGAAAUUUUGCCCUAGCGCUUGUAACUGCCGCUAUGACGCGCAAGCACUGCAUAUCAACUGUACACAUGCCUUGUUGAAUAGCUUGACACAGUUGCCGCGCCCAGCGCAGGUUUCUUUGACGCAGAGCACGCUGGAUAUUACGCACAACCGCUUUUUUGAACUGCCAUCGAAUUUGACUUUCGGUUACGCUAAUGUGACGCGCCUGUAUGCAGCACACAAUCGCCUAGAAAAUAUACAAAGCGCGCACCUGCCGCCGCAUUUGCAACUCUUGGAUGUGCGGAAUAAUCGUUUAGCGCGCUUAAGCAACAGUUUCAUUUUGCGCUACCUCAAUGAAAGCGCCACUUUACAGCAGCUUUAUCUCUCCGAGAAUCCAUGGCUUUGCGACUGUGAGGCCGAGCAAUUGUUAAACGCUGUGCGCGCGCAUCGUAAGCGCAUACCCGAUGUGGCGCUUCUAGCUUGCGCGAAUUUGCAAAAUACCAGCUUGCUGCAAGCGCGCUACACAGAAGUUUGUGUGCCAGCAUCAGCGCGGCGUUUGCGGUUGUUGUGGUCACUUUUCAGCAUGUCGCUAGCAGCUAUUGUGUUAAUUAGUGCAUUAGCACUUUACUAUAAAUAUAAUUUGGAGCUACAUGUGUGGCUAUACGCGCACGAUAUGUUUCUCUGUUGCAUACGCGAAUAUGACUUGGAUAAGGAAAAAACAUUCGAUGCAUUCAUAUCGUAUGCGCAUCAAGACGCGUCGUUUGUUAAUGACAUACUCUUGCCUGGUCUAGAGCAAGGUGAGCCACCAUUUCGCGUGUGUACGCAUGAACGCAAUUGGCUCGCCGGCGCUUACAUACCCGAACAAAUUAUUGAAUCCGUCGCUCAAUCGCGGCGCACAAUCAUUGUGCUCUCGCAGCAUUUUAUCGCAUCGGAUUGGGCGCGCAUGGAAUUUCGGACGGCGCAUCAGUGCGCUUUGAAUGAACGACGCGCGCGCUUAAUUAUCAUAAAGUAUGGCGAGCUUACCGAUCUCACGAUGAUUGAUAAGGAGUUGCGCGCCUAUUUAGAUAUGAACACAUAUUUGAAGUGGGAGGAGCAUCCAUGGUUUUGGCGUAAGCUGCGUUAUGCUAUGCCACAUCGCAAGGGUGAGCUGCGUGAUGGCGACAUGCUUGAGUUGAAUGAACGUCACAGAGUUUAUGUCAUUGGCGAUGUGGAGCUGAAUCGGCUGCGUGGCCACGAUGGAUAGCAUACUAUGUGGACGUUUGUACAGAUCAGUUUAGUAUAGUAUCUAUUUUGUGUUUCGAAAUUAAACAUAUAUAGUUGUCACUAUAGUUCGAAUACAAGUUUAGGUUCAUGCUUUUUGUUUUCUUCUUCGCGGGUGAGCGGGUGGAAAAUGCUGUCGUCACAGCAACGGUAUGUGCCACUUAACCUCUAAGGAACCGUCGCCCACGGUGGAUCCACGUUUAGGCAUGACGGCUCUUUGACUUUGCUCAUUCUAUGAAAGUACUUUCUGAGAUAUCGGUGAACGGAUAGCAGCUGUGUUGUG